UUGUCAGUAAACGUAAUCCAAUCAAUAAAAUGAACAGAUAUCAAGACUUUAGCAGUGUGGUGAUUGGUCAAGGGUAUGAUGACGUACUUACGAGACCAGAAAGUAAACAUUACCAACGAGGGGGCGUUUACCUUUGACUAAAGCAGGAAAAGUGAACAUUUUUUGCGUCUUCUCGUUCAAAACAAUAGGUCAAGAAAACGGUUUUUUUUUCUUUAUGAAAAAAGUGAAAUAUAACUUAUUAAUCUAUAAAAUUUGCUAAAACAUUUUAGGAUUAAUGAUUUUUUUGUGUGUGUUAUGCGGCCAAAACCAGUGAUCAUAAUUUUAUAUUUUACUAUAAAGAGGGCGGAAGUUCGGGUAUGCAGCCUAUAUGUCAAGAAAUCAAGGUUAAAAAAACCUGAUGCGUACUAAAGUGCAUUCUGUGAAUUUUAAAUCAUCUGAAACGUCAAGUUCGAAAUCCACAUCAUGGAAAACGGACGGGCUAUCGCUUAGAAUAUGGAAAUAAGCGCCGGCGGACUGCUGCUCGGCGGGGUGGUCCUCCUGGUGUCCGGGCCAGUGCACGUGGCGGGACUGACCCGAGCCGUCGCGCUCCGCCGAGCCGCCGCGCUCAAGAGGAGGAGUAUCCGCUGCCUCAACAGGAUGCAUGUGAUGGAGGAGGAGUCGGGCAAGGCGCCGCCCGCGCCGGAGGACCUGGGGGCGGCGGAACACGCGGCGCCCAAGCGGUGCCGCGAGUCGCCGCCCCCCGCCGCCGCCGCCCCCGCCGCCGACAAGGAGAACACCGCGCCGCCCCCCGCCGCCGCCGCCGCCGCCGACCAGCCGCCCGCCGAGGACGCGAAGGGCGACUCUGACCAGAUCACCGCCACCGGCCUGAAGCAGGAGGGAGCGGCCGUCUCCGGAGGAAGCGACCCGCCAGGCCAGCCCGAGCCGAAGACGAGCGAGCCCGAGCCCAAGCCGAGCGAGCCCGAGCGGGCCGGGUCUCCACCGCCCCCGCCGCCCUCCCCGCCGCCCUCGCCGCCGCCCGACGACGCCGACGACCGCAGCUCGGGCAAGCGCGCGAGCAGCGACAGCGACAGCGACGCGCCCAAGCGCGCCAGGCUGUCGGCGGCGGAGCUGGAGGAGCGCGAGCGAGCCGUGAGCGAGUACGUGGAGGGCGCGGCGGGCGCGAGCCUGGACGAGCUGCAGCGCUGCGCCGCCAAGCUGCAGCAGGAGAUCUCGGCGCUGGAGGCCAUGGCGCGCGCCAAGGAGCACGAGUGGAACAGCAUCCUGCGCCUCAGGAAGGUCAAGGAGGAGAUGCUGCUGCGGCUGCAGCGCAAGCGGCAGGUGAUGCUCAUCAUGAUGGGUGGCCGGCCGGGAGAGGCCGUGGACUGGGAGGCGCUGUGCGGGGAGUGGGGCAGGCCGCACGAGACCGCCCUCAACCCGGUCAACCUGUCCAAGACGGCGGGCAGGCCGGGGCGCGCCCAGCAGGCGCUCAAGGCCGGCCAGCACGUCAUGAUGGUGCCGGUGGUGUCGUCCUCGCCGCAGGCCAAAGACCGGCGCGGCCAGCGGCCCAUCCUGCCCAAGCCCCCGGCGGCCGCGGGAGGCAACGGCCAGAACCCGGUGAUCGGCGAGGGCCGCCAGGGGACCAUCCUCGACGUGCGGUCCAUCAUCGCCGACUACCGGUCCCGACACCCGGAGAUGGUGCCGCGCCGCGGCCGCCGCCUCAAGUCCUCGCUGUCGCCCACGCCCGGCCAGCAGCCGUCCGAGUCGCUGGUAUCGUCGUCGUCGCGCGUGGGCGGCUGCUCGUCGGGCGGUGUGUUCAGCAUGGCGUCGCUGGCGCUGGGCUCCGGCUCGCAGAUGCGCGCCGGGCCGGCGGACCUGGGCGAGCUGGGCUUCCUGGACGCCUCGUCGCGGCACGAUGCCUCGUCGCGGCCGUCCAGCGCCGACUCGUCGCGCAGCGAGGCGCCGCCGGGCGGGUUCAGCUUCAAGGACGUGCUGGUGCAGUUCGCGAAGCUGAGCCAGGCGGAGCAGGGUCAGCUGGCCAAGCCGGCGCCGCCGCCCUACCCUGAGGUCACCUUGCACCCGGUGCAGCACUCGCCGCCGCAGCAGUCGUCGCUGCUGCACGGCAUCCUGACCAAGUCGGCGCAGCGGCCGGCGCCCGAGAAGCCCGCCGCCUUCUCUCCCACCCUGGCGCGCCUGCUGACGGCGCCCGAGCGCCUGCCCGGCGGCGGGGCGGCCUCGGCCUUCCACGGCGUGGGCCACGUGUCCAUCAACGACCUGCUCUCCUCCUCCAAGGGAAGAAGUGAAGUCACUAUCACCCCAGUCACCACACAUCCUCCAGCGAAGACCAAAGAAGAAGUGGUGCUACUGCAGGAGGAAGACGAGCAGGAGGACAGCGCCGACCGCCUGGUGAUCGACGAGUCGGGCGAGGCGGAGGGUCGCGGCCGCGCGGCGGACGACGCGGCGGGAGACGAGGUCCCGGAGUGCCAGGGCUGCCACCGCAGAGCGGCGCAGUUCGUGUGCGCCGGCUGCGGCAACCAGUGGUACUGCAGCCGCGACUGCCAGGUGAGUGCGUGGGACGAACAUUCGGAAGUGUGUUCUGGUUGAGUUGUGAAGAUCUCGAAGAUGGUGAAACAUGUGAAAUGUAGAGAGUGCCAAUUCAAACUGAUAUCCUACGUGUGAAGAGGAGAUUUCCACUCAUACCUUCCAAUCCAAAGUUCAAAUUACCACCAACUAUUUCUAUAUUUUACCUUAUAUUACCUAAUAUAAACUGCAUGAUAUAUUUAUAUACAUACAAAUUGUGUGAGUUGUUAAGUGUUGUUUUUGGAGUUGUGUCAUUGCAGUGACCCAGAAACUCGGUUUUAUUCGUCUCUUUAUUGACCUCCGCUAAAUGCUUUUUGAUUUGCACCUUAACAUUUGUGCUUUAGUGUCUGUAUCAGUGUGGCACUAAGUUAUUUUAUUAUUUGAUCUGUUUGCACUCUUAAAGAGUUACAGGUAUUAAGCAGAAUAAACACUGCAAAUGUUUUGAGUAACAUUUGUGUAAGGAAUUAAAGCCAUCUCAUUUACUUUACUAGUAAUGCAAAGUUUUGUAAAUCAUGGGUUGAACUGUGUGGUUAAGAAGCCAAGUAGAAAACACAUUUUGUUAUUGCUUUAAAAAAGCUGCUGUGACUUUGAGAUCAGAUAGUGAAAGCUUGAUAUUAAAAUUAUUUAGUGGAAAAUUUUAUUUCAGGAAUGUACACUGUGCUGUCUACCAUUUCAAUUAAUAUUUUGUUUCACUUAAUGAAAUUUUUUAAAUACAAAGAUACCACUGAUGUCUGUUUCAUGUAAAUUCACUAAUUUGGACAGUCAUUUUGAUAAACUAAGUAAACUUUAAUCAUAAAUACAUAUGUGAUUUGUUACAUAUUUAAAAAAAAAAAUAGGGCUAAUAUUUGCUAAUAUAUUUAUACAUGGUAUUUACAUAGGCUACCUACAUUAAGCACCUUUGUUUGAGGCUAGAUGUUUAUACUGGGUAUUAUUAUGUACUAUAUAUAAUUAUAUAUAGGUAUCAGAUAUACUAAUUUAAUUUUACAAUUUGCUUUAGUUUUUCUUUCUUUCAAAACUGUUCUUUUAUUUGAUGUAUAUUAAUAAAAAAUUGUGGCUGAUAUUCAUUAUGUAUAAAGUUAGUUUUAUGCAAACUAAAAAAUCAUUUUGUAAUGAAUGCACAACAUUUUUGAAUAAUUUUUUACCCAAUAUACUACAAUUUUAUAACACUAAAAAUACAUUUAGUUUAUCUUAAUGCCUUUUCCUAAUUGUCUACAAUUUAAAUUCAUUAGUGGCAUAGAGUGCGAAGAUUCUGCAUUUUUAUUUGCCCAUAUUACAAUUUUUACAGUUUGCCUCGACAAUGCAGGUUAUACUUGCCUGCACAAAGUAACUCACAUUUUCAGAGUUAAGGCUGUUUAUAAAAUAGUCCAAGGAGUGAUACAUUAUGAUUUAUGAAGUAUGCCUAUGUAGCAAGGGCAUAUCCAGGAAGGUUGCAGGAGUGGUGGCGGUCAGCGUGAAAGUGGCUAAAAUGAAAACCAGGAGCAAGAAGCUGUAGUUAGAGAAAACAAAAUUGGCAACUAAUUCUUGAUCACAAACUAUAUUGUUAAAGAGAAAAUUAUUUUUGAUAACUGAUAUUCUUGCUUUUGCUAUUGAUUAUUAUUCUGUGGCACCAUGGAUCCUCCUGCUCAAUGAAAGUGGUUGAAUUCUUUAAAAACGUUCCGCUUCCUACCCCCCCCCCCCCUCCUCCCUUCAUUUUGAUUUGAGUUAGAUACACUCUUGCUAUGUAGUCUUGUUUAAAAAAUAAUGGAGGAAAUACAGGACAUAUUCACAAAUACAUUCAUUUUAUCAGUUUUCAAUAAAAUUCAUGAUAAGACCAGCUUUGAUGGAGUGAUAUGUGGGUAUGCAUUACUUUCCUAGAUAACUGUCAAAACUGUAGUGAACUUACUUGAAACUUACUUCAUUAUUUUUGUGCAAUGUCAAUUAUUUGCGUGGGAUAUAAAUCCUGUUUGAAUUACUUCUACAACUGACAGUCUUGCUGAUACAUUGUCAAGAGGAAACCUGAAGUGAAAGGCUUUCCAAAAUAAAUGUGUUGAAGUGUUAGCGGACUUUUGGCCAAUCUUUACUGAUUGGAAAAAAGUUUGUUUGGAAGGCAUUCAACUUGUGGAAUAACCAUUUAAGUUGUAUAUGUGAUUUUCUGUGAUUCAUGUCAUUGAUAUAAUCAGUGAAGGAUUACCAUAUCUACUGCAUUUUGUUUGUUUUAAACAUUUUUGUCAAUAUAUGUACCUGCAGAGUUUUAUAUCUUUUUAAAAUUUUUUAGAUGGUAUUAUUGAUUUCUUAAUGUUUUAAUGAUGUGAAAUUUAGUUCUAUAUUUUACUUUCGUGUAAAUGGCAGCUGCAGCAGUGGUAUUUUUAAUCUUCAGGUAGAUUGUGUCACUUUUGCCAACAUCACUGUUCGGUUCAUCUUGUAAUUUUUUUUAUUAUAAAAUUUUAAAUGGUAAUGCACUGUUGGUGUAUUUUUGUUGUAGUAUUAGGUAAUGUUGUUACUACAAAAACCAUUUUGGUUGAAGCUAAAUUUUUUCUUGCAGAACCAUUUUGCCGUACAGUUGCUAAGAUAUCAAACACCCUUAAAUAUGAAUAAAGAGUGUCACAUUUCAUAAAUGCUUUACAAACGAAGAAAAUUUAGUAUACAAAAUUAAGUUUGCUUAGGUGUGGUGUUCAAGACAAAAAAGUACCAAACAUAAUAAGUAUGUCCAGCAAGCAAUGAAAUUGUUUAAAAGAUUAAUAGUCAAUGGUUAAGGCAUUCGUCAGUUGGCUACAAAUCUUUAUACUCUCUGUCAAUGGAUACGUAGCAACAAUGCUAACUAGUCAAUUACACUUUUGCUGUCAGAAUUGUUUCACUUUUAGGAUAUAAACUAAAAGUAAAGGUGAAAUAACGUUAAUUAGUAUGUACCAGAAUCUCCGUUGUUAAAAACAGCUAUUUUCAUAAAAAUAAAGUAAUUUAAACGGUUUCCACAAUGUAAACACUACACUUCAGCCUAUGUUUUGGGCAUAUAACCAAUAUGGCAUAACAAUUAGCAGAAGGAAUUAAAAACAGCUGUACACACUUACCAUGUACCUGAGUGUGUACCAGAGGGUGUACAUACCUACUUUCAAUCUUUAUUUAAAAAUUAUUAAUGUACAAAAUUUUUGAAUAUGUAACAUUGGUAUAACUCGGUGACAUGCCAACUAUCAUGUUUGGGAGGGGGUGAGGGGGGGGGGGGGGCAAAUUGUGUUACCCUUGAAUAAUGUUUCGGUUGACCCAUACCUGUUUUAACUUCACUUGUAUAAUUUUUGAUGUGUAACAUCUUAGCUCUCUCAGUAUACUGGAUUUGGGGGAAGUAAUUUUCUUGAAUACGACGGAAGUCGAGGAACGGAAAUGUGUAACAACCACAGUGCUGCCAUCUGUGGGCAUGGCUCGAACCAAACUUUACUUAUUUACUAAUACAAAAGGAAAUGUUAUAUUUUUAUUUGUUUAGUGAAUUGGAACAAGUUGGGCAAUAUUUUAAUGAAAUUCCUUGUCAAAAAUCAGGUUAAAAGUUGGGGUUUAGUAUUUUUACAAGUCUUUUUCACUUUUAUGGGAGACGUUUCAUUAUACAGUUUAAAAUUUUGGUUCUGUAAAUUGAAUGAUUCGAUAGUCGGGGUAGCUGCUCCGGGAGCAAAUUCUAGCUGCGUGUGAUGUAAUUGAAAGCACAAUUUGCAUGUUUUUAUCACACACAGCAUUGUGUAUUUGCAACAUGAGAUUACAUGAAUUUGCUUGUUAUUGAUUACAUAUCAUUGACAAGUACUGAAAGACUCGCGCAAAUUUUUUUUUACCCAUGGUAUUGUACUGAGAAAUACUUUAAACAACUGAUGCACAUUGCAGAGCAUGAACUUACCUAAGCAUUCAGUUAGCAAGUAAACCAAAAAAUAGAAGUGUGUGACACUUGGGUGCGAGGUAGUUGAUGAUUGUCUCCAGUGGCACUUUUAUGAUCCCAGGACCUCGUACUUUCAAAAUAUUACCAGUCAGAAAGCUUUUUUCAAUAUGUCGGCCACUGUCAUCCUAGACAGGUUUCCUUAUGUGGUCCUUCAAUCCGUGAAGUCGUGGACCAAGAAAGCCAUCAUGCAUGCAGAGAACUUCACUCAUUUAAACCCUUGUUAAUUAAUUAUAAAGUGCAGAAGCAAUGUGGUUGUGUUUUUAGACUAUUGUUUUCUCUUUGCUCUUUUAUUUUCAUCAUGCACGAGUGCUAUUCGUAAUGUUAGCUCCGUUUGGUCAUUAAAAAAAUAAACUUGUGAGAAAAAGUUGUUAUUAUCAGUACUUAGUUUUAGUUUACUACUUUACAUUUUCACUUAAUCGUCAUUCAGUUCCAAGCACUUUUCGCAAUGCUGCACAAGUUUCUUCAACCCGUCUACAUAGAAGUUCACCGCCUGGAAAUGAAACCAGUUGAAAAUCUUAGUUUUGUAAUUUUUGCUGUAAUUGUUGACCUGUGUUUCAUUUAAUCAACAAUAGCCAUAAUUUUAAACUUUUUCCGGAUAUGUUUACUAAGCGCCUGUACGUAGGCUACACACAUUGCGUAUUCAAAGUCAAUGAUGCCUAUGCCAAGGCAUCCAUUCCAUUCCUUUAGUUACAAAUUAUUAGUCUCAAAGCACUUUUUAUAUAUAAAUAAUAAUUUCAUUGAGCAAGGGUUGCAGUGACAAAUUUAAAAAUAUGUUAGGAAACCUAACCCAAUAUAAUUUUGUUGUCCUAUUUUGGGGUUUCUGGUGUUUUUUUUUUAAGUGAAAGCAUACCAUUAUUUUUGAGUGGUAAUAACGUUAUAAGUAUUAAAACAUUUUUCUAAAAUAUUUUUUUCUAUAUAAAAAUAAUGAAUUGAAGUAGGUAUAUAUGCUAUUUUUUUACUUUACUUACUGGUUAAAUUAUAAGUAAUUUAAAAAUUUUAUUUCAUCUACUACAUAUAUUUGUUUGAAAUGAAGAAACCAAUAUUAGGCCAAAUACCUAAAUGAUAAAUUUUUAAACGUACUAUUUAGCCGAUAGUGCUGCUAGUAAAAUGCAACUUUUUGAGUGAUUGUUUCAGUAAAUCGGCACACAAAUCUCCAUGCUUACACAAUCUUAUAAAGAAUAUAAUUUAUUGUGUGGAGGGCUUUAGAUUUGCUUAUAGAUGCUUGUGGUGGAAAGUUUAUAUUUUAAGUUAAGGAUUUGUUACUGUAAAAAAAAAGCAGAUGUUAGUAUUUUAUCACCACUAAAUGCUUGAUUUUUCAUAUGUUGGUUAUGUCUUCAAAUUUUGUCAGACCAGUCAGUUAAUGCAGUUUUAAUUUUAAAUCUCUUAUGAUUUUUAAAUAAAUACGGUUGAAUUUACAUAUGAAUCUGUGCAGGUCAGCUGCCUCUUAUAAAUAUUGGUAUCUUUUGAAUGGUUUUGGUUGAAAAAGUUGAUAAUACCAGCCAUGCAGGAAGGAUGGUCUCAUUUUCAUUGUAGUCUAACCUUCUUACACUUUAAAUUGGCUACUCCCAAAAUACUGCUGCUAACUGGCCCACUAACAGCGGUUUAAUUCAUCACGGCUGCAGCUAUUGCCAUUACCACCGUUUAAAGCUUUCCUUUUAAUGAAACACUGCGAAAACAGUAUGUUUACAAAUAAAGCCUUCUAGGGUUAGUUAAAAAAAUUUUUUUUAUAAUAAUGAUAAUCCAAAAUAUAAAAAGUGUAAAUAUAAAGCAGCGUAAAAACUUAAAAAAAAUUAUCUUUGCUUCUUAAUCACACAGAACUUUAAAAGUGUUUCUCAUAGAGUCCAGCUUUUUCAAGUCUUUAACUUUAUAUUUUGAUAUUGUGUUUUUCAAAUGAUAUGUUGGUAAAGUUUUAAAGUGAAAUAUGUAUGGUAUGUUUAUAAUUGUAGCAACAUAACUUCAACAUAUAUUAUUUUCAAAACAAAUGAUAAAAAGAAAGAAAUUAUACUACUUGUGUUACAGUAAAUGCAUAUACUUACUACACAAAAAUUUAGCUAACAUUAUGGCUUUAAUACGUACUAAAUUACAAGUUUUUACUGCCAAAAAGAUUACCUGUGCAGAAAAAAAUUCUGUAAAAUAAUUUAUAACAUGUGUUUGAUGCUAAUUCUGUGUUAGACUUUUUAUUAAUAUUUUUUUUAUGUAUGAAAACUUAAAUUAUUUAUGUCGUAAUGUUCCUUGUUAAAAAAUGUGUUCUGUAAUUUUGUCCUUGUACGUACUUGAACAUUUGUAUUGUUAUUAUACUGAGUGGACUCUCGUUUUUUAGGUGUACUUUCCAUAUUUUUUUCAGUAUUUAAGAGUUGUGUUCUGCUGUUCAUGUCUGUGUUUCAUUUCCUGUGCUAAGCUAACAAUGCUCGGGUAAGAUAAUUUUCCUAUCUUCGCAAACAUUGGUGAGAUGUUUGGAGAGAACCAUUUUUUUGUUACCAGUGCAGUAUGAGUGUUAUCUGAAAUGAAAAUGGCUUUAGGUUACUAGUUUUUAUAUGAAAAUAUGUGCUGUGAUAUUAGUGUUGUUGCUUUUAUGUUUUGUGUUUGUUGCUAUGUCAAAAGCACUGUGUGUAUGAAAGAUUUUUUUCUUUUGUGUACAAGUAUUCUAGCAGUAAAAUAAAAAAAACAGUUUAA